GAAGCCGCUGGUUUGUUGAUAUUUUUCUUCAUCAGCUGAGUGGCCAGAAGUUAGCUGUCGAGUUUCCGAGCAGCUCGGAACAGAUCAACACCGCGGCUUUAUUUUUACCCGCUGACGCUGCUAUUCAGCACACACAAACCACAAACACUUCACUCAUGUUUUACAGAAGCAGCAGCGCCACAGAGAUAGCGACAGGUCACGGCCAACGUUAGCUACAAAGCUAGUAUUCUGUUCCAGCUAGCCUGGCAAACGAGAAGGCUAGCGACGUUAGCCGAUGUGAAGCGAAGACAUGGAGGGGAUACUUUACAAAUGGACGAACUACAUGACAGGGUGGCAGCCUCGCUGGUUCGUCUUAGAGAACGGAGUCAUCUCUUAUUACGACAGUGAGGAUGAUGUUGGCAAAGGAAGCAAAGGAUCCAUCAAGAUGUCUGUGUGUGACAUUAAAGUUCAUCCGACAGAUGCGACGCGUCUGGAGCUGAUAAUCCCCGGCGAGCAGCAUUUCUACGUGCGAGCUGUGAAUGCUGCAGAGAGGCAGCGGUGGCUCGUGGCUUUGGGGUCAUCCAAAGCUGGAACGCUGGACAGUCACAAACAUAAAGUUUCGCUGUCUGCCGUCAGCUCUGCAGGUCCGGACUGUUUGAAGACAAAAAUGUCUGAACUACGUCUGUACUGCGACCUCCUCGUCCAGCAGGUCCAAACGAUCCAAUCACAGUACAGUGCUGACUCGGAGACCACGCCCACUUCUGAGGCCUCGCUCCUCAGUGCCACAUGUGCCACUUUCAUCAGGACUUUGGAGGAGUGUAUGACCCUGGCCAACCACAGUUUGACUCCUGACCUCCGACCUCCUGAAAGGAUGAAGCGGUCAAUCAGUCACCCAGGAACGUACAGCUUUGACAGGUCAGGUGUACUAAAGGAGUACGUGAGUGGAGGUCAAAGGUCAACACAGCGCCGAAACCGGACAUGCUCUGACAGCUCCGUUUAUGAUACAGAACGUUUGCUGCCCACUCUCAACGGUGACUCGUCCUCCAUUCCCGAGGAGAGAGCAGGCAGCGUGAGCCCAAAGACCACGCCCACUGACACAGACACCGACCUGUCCAUCUGAAGACCCCAAACCCGGAUAAACUAUGGAGGAUGUCAGAAACACAACAAGAUCAUUAUUUGAUGAGAUACUGACACCAUUUCACCAAGGAUGAACAUUUUCCCUGUAGGAACGUCCUUCAUGAGCUUUUUCUCAGCUGAUUGCCAAACACGAGCACUUUGGAGUCAUUAAUCGUUCAUUUCUUUAAGUCUUUCAGUUGCAUGGUACACACUGGAGAGAUGGCAUUUCAGUCCUAAGCUCAACUUAAGUUUGAGACAUUGUGAGUAUAUAUGAAGCUUUAACGUGAUGGGAUGAGAGCACUCGAUGCUGUUAACCUUUCAGAUUUACCCUUGGUUACUUUUAUAGUUAAAAGGUAGCUUUUGGGACAGAAGACUGACUUGAAGUCCACAACCUGGAAUGAAGGAAAAGUGUCAGUAACCUAAGUUGAUCCAGCGAAUUUCCUCAGCCGGAACCCGAUGAUUGUAUCAGGCAGCUCCAUGACGCAGUGUGAACAUAAUGAACUGUGAAUUCCUGGUUUCUGGAAAGAUGAGAUGCCAGGGCUGCUUUAAACAGAAUGUACUGAGAGUUUGUUGUGUUCUGAGGUUUGUUCGUGCAUCCAAAAACUGGCUGCAGAGCCAAAAGUUUUGUUCAGUGGCACUUUGACAGGAUGCUGAAAUCCAGCAACUGUGACGCAAAAGCAUCUAUUUUUCUGGCUUUUCCUAAAGAACUCCAGAUUGCUUCUUUCCUCCCUUGUCUGCUGUGUUCUUCCUCCAGGCCUCCAGCUGAGCUCAUUUGCUGAAAGUAAAGGCAAAGGAAGGGGAAAAAAAAGAAAAAGAAAGGUCUCCAUCCUGCUCCCUGCCUGCUUUGAGGGAGUCUGCUUGUGUCUUCAGAUGUUUGCCAAAACGUAGUCAUCCACAUUAAAGCAGCCACCUUUCUUUUUCCAGGCAGCUGAAAGUGGCACUUCUUUGCAUUUUCUCCUCAUUUUUAGCUGACUUUCACCUGCACUCCUAAGACAGGUGAACAGAAAUGCUAAAUUACAGCUAAAUUAGGCGGGAAUGUUGCAAGUUGCUACCUUAUAAUGUUUCUGAAGUAUUUCCUUGCAGAUGUGACCCUGACACCACUACCGUCCAUAUUAAAACACUUUUCAUGUCAGACUGAAUAUGAGAAACAGCUUUUUUUUUUUUUUAAAACCAAUCACUGGCAUAACUAAACCAGCUCUAUAAAGAAAUGUCGUGCUGAGCUCAGACCUCACCAUAUUUGUGUCUGUUAUGUGUCAGAUUAGGAGAUUAUAGUUAUACAUGGUACAAAAGAUGGAUUAAGCUUCUGGAUUUAAUGAGGCAGAAGUGCCUUCAACCUGCAUUUCUAUUAUUUGCCAGGAGGGGGUGACACUUUUGGUUGUAUAGAAGUCUUUUUGAAACCAUUAAGGUCGUUUGAAAUUAUGGUCGUUACUAAAGACAGAAAGGAGGACCAUCCAGGUGUGCUCGUAGGCUGAUGACUUCUCAGUUAUUCGUCCUCGUUUUCUCAGUCAAAUCCAUCCUCGCUCAUAAAAACCGGUUUCAAAACAACAAAAUGGUGGCGAUGAAAACACUCAGCUCGAGGGUCUUCACUAACUGGCAACAUCACUGUAGCCAUCUCCUUAUACUCUCAUCAAAUCUCAUCUUUUUGUGACUGAGUCACGACAGAAGUCACACUUGUCAUCCAGCCAUUUCCAAUAAGAGAAAUAAAGUGUAUGAAAAUGGCUUUUCACAGCUCCACGUUUCCUACGCCGGCGACAUCGUUUCUGUUUUUCUUCGUCGUGUUCACAGUUGUGCACAGCUGAGUGGCAAAAAGCAAAUCAAUGGCCGGCAUUUGGCACUGUGCUCAUUCCAACCAGCCUCGUAGAAGCUGGCGAAGCUUCAUGGAAAACCCCGAAAAGGUUCUGGAAACUGAAGGGUAAAAAUCAGAAACCUUAUCUGAACCUCACUGUGGCCCAUCUCCUCUUUAAGGUCAUCUUCUUUGGCAUGUCUAGCUUCCAAUGCAGCUUUUUAAAAUUUUUUUUAAUUUAUUGCUUUUGUUCUGAUCACUUUCACCUUUGGACCUCUAACUUGUGCAAAGAGUAAACAUCAACUUUUGUUUUAAACUGAUCUGAAUUUUUUGGAUGAGCAUCGCCGGUGAUGAAAGCUGAGUCACGGAGUCUUCAGCAUUUAUCAGGUUGUGCAUCGUGGAUUCGUUCCCCAGUGUGAGACCGUCGAUGCAGCGUUCUGCUGUAACAUCCUGGGGUGUCAGAGGGAGAACGUUCGGAUGCAACGAUCUGAGCCAGAUUUGCCUCCCUGUGACUGUGCUCACUUCCUGAAAAUAUAAAAUCAUGUGACGUAUAACUGUUUAGAAACACUGGAGACGAUCACGCAGAGGAGCAAGUGAAAGGGGACACAAUGAGACUUAUGUGGAGUUAUAUUAAAACUGCAGCCACGCUGCAAAUGGGGUAGGAAAAAAAAGUUUAAAUUAGGUAAUUUUUUUUUAUUUCACAUGCUGAUUCCAAAACUUUAACACCUUAAAAAUAUAAAAAACCAUAAUGUAUAAAGCAGUGCUAUCAGGAGAUGAUGGAUGGUUUGAAAAUUGCCGCCUUUGUGAAUUUCUUUGUGAGGAGCUGCAGGGGGAAAAAGUGUAUUUGUGCCAUUUCUAAGUCUGCCUGCAGGAAGUGUCCACAGUGGGUUAAACAGUGUUCAUUAUCAAAUAAAUCAAACAUAAAAUAACAGUAUAAUUUUCUGGAACAGUCUGAAGGUCAAAGCGACUCAGUGAGAGGACUUUCAAAUUUCUGUUCUGUGCUUUGCGUGACAAACGAGCUUGACCCAAAUUUGUGUAUCUAAUUUCCCCCUUCAUAAAACACCUUUGAAGCCUGCGUGCUGCUGUGUCAUGCCACUCUUGUGUUGCUGUUCAAAUAGUGUCAUGUGAACACAGAGUAAACAAUGACUAAUGCUCAAUGACUUUCUGUUAAGAAUAUUAAAUUGAGCAUUGGCCAAAAAAAAAAAAAAAACCCCACAUGCACACAUUUGAUGCCAGGGUGCGUUUGUGUUUACCUUAACGUCACUCGUGCCUGUGGAAUUUUAGAUGGACCACAUCUGUUGUAUCCUAAGCUUCGUGAAUUCUGUGGAAACAGGACAGUUUUGUCAGUAGCUCCGUAGUACUUCCCCCUGACAUGCAGUUUGUAGAUGUGGUGGUUGUGCACUCCAAAGUGUUUUUUGAAAAUCUUUGUGCACUAUUAUAAAUGGAUUAUAGUGGCAAAUAUACUGUGUGUAGGACACAGUGAUGGCUGUGGAAGGAGCUGCAGCAGCCUUAAAUGUAUGAAAUUUUGCUCCUGUGUGUUAUUCUACCCAAAUGUCUGUUCAGUAUCUGUGACAAACGCCCAGAGAUGUAUUUCCUUCACUUCUUUUGAAAUGCUGUGAAGAGUUUUUUAAGUAUGUAAUCGGAGCUGCACAGAGUUCAAACUUUGGAUGUUGGUUUCACGUCUGGCAGAUCUAUAUUUAAUCAUUACACGUGGGAACAUUUUUGUUUUUUUCAGGAGACUUUAUU